UCUUAAUUUUCUUUGAUAUCAAACAAAAAAAAGGCUUCUGUUUUAUUUUAUUACUUGUCGGUACAACAUAAAGAAGAGAAAGUAAAAUACGAUGAGAAGAGUUAGUUGGUCUACUGUUUUGAUUGUGGUUGUGAUGGUGUCGUUGUUUUUCGUAGAACACGUGGUGGUUCCGGCUGCGGCGGGGAGGGUUCUUACUGAAAAAUCGGGAGAUGGAAGUGCGACUAUGACGGUGGAGAAGAUGAAAUCGACGGUGGAUUCUUGGUUUCAGCGUUUGGCGUCGGGUCCAAGUCCAAGAGGUCGCGGCCAUUAAAUUUUCCUUUUUUACUUUUUUUUUCCUGGCCGGAGGAGAUUAAUUAAUCUCGAUAUACCCCAUAUGUAUACCAGAACAAACGGUGAAAACUGUAUUCCAUUCAUUUAUUUCAUUAUUUGUUUUUUUUUUCUUUAGGCAAAGUUCAUAUAGUUAGUGACAGAAACUAAAACCCUCAAUAUACAUGUACAUGAUUUUUGCUUUUGCUGGUUGCUAAUUUUAAUAAGAUUUUAUACUUCUGGUUUAUGUUUGGGAACGAACUUAUUCAAAAAAAAAAAAAAAAGAUACACCGAGGAAACAAGUGAGUCGUGCACGCCAUCUAUGUAAAAUUGUAAAUAUGUAGCCGGGCUAGCUGGGUCACCC